UUGAAGGGAGGGCUAGAAAGUGCAGCCGAGCCCCUGGUUCCCUUCCCUUCUUAAGCCCCGCCGCCCGCCAAGGAGGAGGAGGAGGAGAGCUCCAGGCAGAGAGAGAGAGAGAGAGGAGGCAGCAUGGCCCUGACUUUGGGCUACUGGGACAUCCGAGGGCUUGCUCAUAGCAUCCGCUUGCUACUAGAAUACACAGGCACACCCUAUGAAGAUAAGUUAUACAGCUGCGGAGAAGCUCCUGACUAUGAUAAGAGUCAAUGGAUCAAUGAAAAGGAAAAGCUGGGGCUAGACUUUCCUAAUCUUCCUUACCUAAUUGAUGGCAAGACCAAGCUUACACAAAGUAAUGCCAUUCUCCGGUACAUUGCACGCAAGCAUAAGCUCUGUGGAGAAACUGAGGAGGAAAUACUCAGAGUGGACAUGUUGGAGAAUCAGGUGAUGGAUUUCCGCAUGAGCCUCGUGAUGGUUUGCUACAAUCCUGAUUUUGAGAAGUUAAAACCAGGAUAUUUAGAGCAACUGCCAGGGAAGCUGAAACUGUUCUCCCAGUUCUUGGGGGACAGAAAGUGGUUUGCAGGUGACAAGAUCACAUUUGUUGACUUCCUCAUGUAUGACGUCCUCGAUCAAAACCGCAUGUUUGAACCUAAGUGCCUUGAUCAGUUUAAGAACCUACAGGAUUUUCUCACCCGCUUUGAGGCUCUGGAGAAGAUUGCAGCCUACAUGAGCUCCAGCCGCUUUAUGAAGACUCCCAUUAACAACAAAAUGGCCAAAUGGGGUAACAAGAAGGAGUAGGAGGAAAAAAGGGGGGAGCUUUUUGAUGCUGGAUAAUAAUACCUUGGUUUUUGUUUUCUUUUGGUCUUGGAAGACUCUUCUUUGAUAAACAGAUGAGUUUUUUCAGCUAUAAUUUGAUGCUCUUUCUGUAGAAUGCUGGUUGAAACUUUUCUAUUUUGAAUAUUGUGGUAGCUAAUAAAGACUCUUGGAAUGA